CCCGCAGCGGUGGCUGGAAGCGCUGCGCUCCGCUGCAGGUCGGUGCCCGCGGGGCGGCUGGGCCGGGCGGUCGGGAGGCGCGGGCCCGUCUGCAGGUGGGCUUUCCCGACCCACUGCCGCCUCGCUGGGAACGUCCUGCGCUGAGCUCACAAUGAGCUCGUUUCCCACUGCUGCUGCCCGGCACCGCUGGUGAGGAGCGAGACGGGAAGCGCGAUACACAACAACGCUGCUCACUGGUCGUCAUGGACAAAAAUGGUUUUUGUUAGCAGUGAUUAGACACGAAAUAACUUUUGAAUCAUCAAGUGGAGAGCUAAGGGUGAAUGUCGACUCGUUUUCUAAGAUCCUUGAUUUAUCUAAGCUGAGAACACAAUGCCUGUUGUGAAAUACCCCAGGGCUGCAGAGCCUCUCUGGCAUGAAUGGGACAGGAAAGCACAGAAAGAUGGAUUAAGACAUACAGUCUAUGCCGUAAAUGGGGAUCAGUAUACCGGAGAAUGGUUGGACAACUUGAAACACGGUAAAGGCACCCAGAUCUGGAAGCACAACGGCGCUAUUUACAGCGGCGACUGGAAGUUUGGGAAGCGGGAUGGGUACGGCUCGUACAGCAUCCCUGACCCCGUGACCAAGGAGUACCUGAAGGUGUACACAGGCUGGUGGAGAAACGACAAAAAAUGCGGCUACGGGACGAUGCUCUACCCCAGCGGGGAGCGCUACGAGGGCGAGUGGAGCAGCGGGCAGAGGAGCGGCUGGGGUCGGAUGUGCUACGGAGACGGCUCCACCUACGAGGGGCAGUGGCUGGCAGACCGGCCGGGCGGGCAGGGGAUGCUGUGCCUGCCAAACAAUGACAGGUACGAAGGAGGUUGGAAAGAUGGAAAGAAGCAUGGCCCAGGCAGAUUCUUCUUCUUGGAUAAGGGACAACUGCUUGAAGGCAUUUGGGUGACAGAUGUACCAAAAUGCGGGAUUAUGAUCGACUUCAGCAGAGAUGCAGCUCCUGCCCCCACCCAGUAUCCAAUCCCAAAGAUUGAACUAGCUGAUCCUGAUGGCGUUUUAGCAGAGGCCCAAGUGAUGUUUGAUGACAGCCAGAACGACUAACUGGAUGCUGAAGGACAAAAGAUGCAGGAUAAGAACACGAUCUCGGGUUACUUACGUGCCUCAUGCCCAUGCUGCUGUACGUCGUCUUGUGGUCAGCCUCACCCGUCCCCCAGAACUGCCCCUGUAUGCCUCACUGUGCAGGCAGCUGUGCUUCAGGCCUCCUCCCACCCACCGUUAUUUAAACACGAGCAGCAAUCAAAUAACAACCACUCACAGCAGCAAAAUGUGCUGGGGGAUGCAGCGACUCUUCGCCCAGCUCCUGGCUCAUUCCUCCUGCUGCUCACAAGGUCAGUGGCUGCCUGCUGAGGAACACACCGGGCAGCAGGCAAUUGGUUCACCUGAUUUCAACUACGCUCCAGAGUAUCACAUCCUGUUUACAGCUGCGAGGUCCCUUUUCACUUUCUGUCAGCUGGAAGAUAACCUACUUUUCUAUUUAAACACUUGGAAAAGAGCAGAGCACUUAGUGUCAAGAUUUAAACAGUGCUGAUGGGAGGAAAAGCAUUCUGCCAACAUUAGGCUCUUUAUACCUGUGUGAACAGGAAACACCAUCUUUGUAUGA